GUUCAUAUAUCUACGAUAGCUUGUUCCCGUUUUCAGUCCAACUGAUAUUGCUCGGCCAAGGAAGGAAGGAGUUAGGAACAGUCGGGUAAGUGCAGUGUGCUGUAUUCUGUAAUGAGUUCAUCAGUAGACCAAAGCCCUUUCAGCCAAGCUGCGAGCAGACUAGCUCGACGUCUUCUAUUUUUUUGCUUAAAGCAACGGAAACGAAGCUAGGUUAAAACCCUUUGUAGAAGAAGCUCCCUGUUUUUGAUUUGUUACGUUGCAAAUCGUUCUCUCUUGCGCGUAAAGACGUUAUCUUCGUUGUUGUUCAAGCAUUUACUGUUUUCUUGAGUUAAUACAAUUAUAUUAGUUAGAACAAUUGUUGAGAAUCCCAAUCUCUUUCUUGGUAAAGAAAACCUGUUACUUUCACAAAAGGAGCUUCUCGUUUUUUUUCAAAUAUUUCUCGGAAAAACAACUGCUUCCCGAUCAAAAGUGAAAGAGGAAGCAACAGCGAGCUAACCUAUUUUGAAUUCAUUAUAAAAUAAUUGUAAUUAAUUGAUUAAUUGUACUUUCGUAAUUAUUGUAUUUCUUGUAUCUUUAUGUCAUUAGAAUAAUAUAGGGGUUUGCGGGCAAGCGUUUCCUCUUCUCCCCUCCCCCUCCCCCUUCAACCUUUUUUUUGCUUCCGCUCUAACUUUCGCGCAAUAACUCGAUUGGAAACGCUUGCUACGCAGGCUAAUGUACAACGAUUUUUGUUUAAAUUGAGCCUGGCGCUCGCUGACAUUCCCUUUUCUUAUGCUCUCUUCCUCCACUUGUUCGUACAUUGUUUCUCAGAAUUCGAAACGAGAGCGAAAGCGGAAGUGAUAAGUCAAGCUUUAUUCGUUUACACUCAGUACACUAACAAUAAAUAAAUUACAAAUACAGACUACCUGCAAAAUAGCGGAGCUAAUCGGGGCAGGUGGUAUGGAGACGUGUCUAUAACAUUAUACAGUAUUAAUAUAUACAAUAAUUACGAAAUUACAGAGAUUAAUUACAGUAAUGAAUUCAAACUAUAUUAUUCUAAUGACAUAAAGAUACAAGAAAUACAAUAAUUACGAAAGUACAAUUAAUCAAUUAAUUACAAUUAUUUUAUAAUGAAUUCAAAAUAGGUUACUUUUUUUAAGGGAUUUUACUGAGUCAGUACACGCACAUGCGCAACCCGAAGUGAUAAGGACGAGAAGUGCAAGUGGGAAAAUCGCGGAAUUCACGUAAACAGAGCGGUUUAUUUCCCGCCAAUGACGACAAUUUAUCGGAAUUGAGAUUGCUGACAAAAUCCUGGAAAGAGAGCGAAAAAAUAAACAGGGACUUUUCCCCCUCAAAAAUGUGAAAUUCCGGGGUCUCAUUCAAGUGUCUGCACAGUUCCACUAUUACUUUCACAAAACUAUCACUUUACACGGUCAUUGAAAAGUAAAAUUGUCUGCCUCUGCUUCCCAUUGAUUUGCCUUUUGAAAUAAAAAUUGCUAACUUUUCCCUUUUUUAACAGGCUGAACGACGUUACAUUUCAAAGCAAAAAUGCUAACACCUUUGACAGGACUGUCAUUGUGUGUUCUACUGCUAAAUUUGAUACCAGGAAUCCAAGGCGCUUGUCUGGCAGAUACACAGUGCUUUGGGAAUGGGGACUACAACGCAGCAACACAGACGUGUAGUUGCUACGCGCGCCAAAGAACGGGCCAAUACACUGGCGAAUGUUGCGAGAGUAUCGGCUGCAUAUCGCCAAACGCUACCUGCAAACACGGCUACUGCGACACUGAUGGAGAGAAAUGCGCGCGUUGCAUGACGGGAUGGACUGGUCAAAACUGUGAAAACGUCACCUCGUGCUUUCCUUGGUUCCCCUGUAGAUAUCAUGGAUCCUGCAAGAAAUCUAGGAGUAGAUGCGACUGUGAGCCUGGCUGGGUGGGAGACCUGUGCGAUCGCUCUCUCUGCCAAGUUCCCUGCAAAUAUGGCGCAUGCCCAAACGACCCAAAGAAAUGCGAGUGUUACGACAAUUACUAUGGCACAGAAUGUGAAAGGUAAUAAAUUAGCGUUUUACGGUCCAAACGGAUUUCUUUUAGUGUAUCACAGGCCCAAGCAAAAAAAGUCAUAAUAUUCUGAAAUUGCUAUUUGGGGAGAGCUUCACUGAACAGCAAUUUGAGAAUAUUAUGGAAUUUUUCAAAGUAUAAUAGCCAAUGGGGUUAUAAUCACCUACACUGUAUAAUUACCUCAAGCUCAAACAUCCGAAAUGAAAAUGUUGUAUUUUUAAAAGUUCUUUAAUUAAUGAAUUUUUUUCUCCAACACACACAACAAUUGUUUUUUUCGUAAAGGCUUACAUUUUUAGCGGAGCUCUCGCGCGCGAGGCGCGCCAGCGGAGCACCUUGGGUAAGAAAAUUUGGUAAACUGUCCAUCCGAGAAAAUUUGGUUAUGACGUAGCGUACGAACGACCGUCCGUACACCCAUGCCACUACAUGUAAGUCGAUGCCAAAUGUGAGGUUAUUUUGGAGGGAAAGCGUAUGGCCACCCGCGUCUUGUGAAGCAGACACAACUAAAGAGUCAAUAAAGACGAGAACGGAAAGCGGAAAAUGUUUCUGUAUCCGGUUUUUUUUUUUAAGCAUUAAGCUUAGAUUAAUUUUCAUGUCCACAAAUUUGGAAUAUAGAGAAACAGAAAGACAGAGAAAAAGAGAAAGUAGGGCGACAGGCCAGCGAAGCUCAACGAGAAAAGGAGCUAGAGCGAGAGAGAGAAAACAAAAGGAGACAUUUUCUGUUGGAGGAACAAUAUGAAAUUUUGUAGUGGCGGGAUGCUAGCGGCCACCAAGGGUGAAAAUGAGCGACAGUAAAAAGAGUGAACAAGAACACGUCCGACAUUCCCUUCAUAAAACGUGUAACUAGGAAGUUUCUGGAAGUUUCAUGUAACAGUCGUGCAAAACAACGCCAAAGAAAUGUACAAAAAAAGUGUGCUGCACGUGCAAAGUUGCUUUUUUGCUAAUUACACCUAUCGUUGUUGUUUUUUUUUUCACCGUUCUCGUUGCCUUCACCGCUUAGCAUUAUACGAUUUUAUAUUUUGUUUGAGCAAGCUAUAAAAAUUAUCAAGAGCUUCGCUUUUAGCCCUGGCUAAAUCUAUAUACUAAUUAGCCAGGGACAACUAAUAAAUGCACUUAUUCACUUGCUCAUCGAUCAGGGGGCACGUCCUCACCUUUGAAAAUAUCCCAACCCAAAAAGCAUCUUUAAAUUGACCAGAAAUGCUUGGCCACUGCUAAAAUACCUUGUAAGUCCAGGUGCAUGACGAAAGAUACACGAAGUUAUUGUUAUGUAACUGCAUAUGUCACCCCCUCCCCCAGAUAAUUUGUGUUCCUGCCUUCUUUUCUAACCGCAGAAGUAUUUUUGACUGCUUAUUUAUAGAUCGUACUGUGCAGCAGGAUGGGAAUGUUUAAACGGAGGCUACUGUGUUGAUCUCCACCACUGCGUUUGUCCUCCAAACUAUUCGGGUGAGUUCAAGCUUCAAGCAUAGAAAACAAAAACAAGUCCGCCCGUUGACGCGUGUUUCAGCCCCCUCGUACCCAGGCCAGUUCGCGGUAUCCGAGUUACCAAUUUUCCCGACCAGCUUGACAGGUGACGUCACAUCCGAAAUCGCCGAGGACGACUGGGAACGAGGCUGGUGUUUCAGUACUUAUAACUGACCACAGUGGAACGGCCGGCAUGACUAAAUAGCGUUGCUACAUUUAUUUUUUUCCAUUUGAUUAGAAACUAGGAAACGUUACAACAGCAGGAGCCGAUUACUUCUGACAACAGUAAUUAUAACAUGUCAAAAUACCUGAGAUAUUAGAUGUGUUUCGAUUCGAAAUCUUCGGUUGACUGUUUCGGGCAGUUCUUUCAAUCGGCUCACUUUUCGUUUUUUCUUACGGAUUGGCCGAGAGCCCUGGCCGUUGAGACUUUGAAAUGACGUAACUGGAUGGCGCAAUUUGUUUCUCUGUCUCUUGUGUGCGAUUUUCCAAGAUCCUUUGCCGGGAAUAGACCUUUUAUACCGUCAAUUCGGAGUAAAAGCACUCCUAUCACUUGACUUUGGACAUUUCGACGUCAUUUCCAUCAUCUAUAAAAGUCGCAGGGGGAGGGUUCUCCCUUAUAUAAGCCAUACAGCUCUGUGCCGCCCCAAAGGGUAUAGUUUUCGCACCGUUUUGGUCUGAAAACGGAUAUAGACGUUAUCCAUUUUGGUCUGGAAUCGGGUAGGGUUUUCGAGGAAACUACGGGAGUGUACGUAUGAACGUAUCUAUCGUUUCAAUUCCAAAUGAAUAAGAAAGAAAGAGAAAUAUGCGAAUUCGAGGUGGAUUGUAAGACAUCUUUCUUAUUGACAUUCUAAACCUAAGUAAUGGUGGUGACAUAAUUUCUUAGAGACCAGGUCUGAAAACGAGUGUAAAAAAUGACAAUUUUCGGUCUGAAAUAAGGUCAGGAUUUGGAGAACCGGGCGGCACACCCCCACCAAGAAUUCUCAGGUGUACCCCCCGGGAUAAUAGUAUUGACCAUUUUUAAGUUAAAAGUUGCAGGCGCGCGGUGGCCAGCGUAUCAAGUGGCUAUUAAGAACAACUUUAAACAAGGGCUAUGAGGAUGGUAUUGUUGUUUUAGGGCAACUCUGUGCAGCAGUCAUUUAUAGUGCGUUAAACCUAUACAUGUAUACAAAUAUUCCUGUGAAGAAGAUAUGAAACAAAUUUCAUCAGGGAGCAGUAACCGAAAUAACCUUUUUGGUGAUUUUUGCUGGCAUACCGUAAAAUUCUGAAAAUAAGCCCCUCCAUGUAUAAGCCCCUCCAAAUAUAAGCCCCCCAAUCCGGUAACGCAAAAAACCCUCCGUUAAAUCGCCCCUCCAAAUAUAAGCCCCCCGGGGGCUUGUACUUGGAAAAUUGCCCUCAAAUAUAAAGCAAAGCAAAGCCAAAACGGUAAAUUUUCUUCCAACUGUAAGGCUAGCCCAUUCGAUUUUGAAACGCAAAUUUCCCUCCGUAGAUAAGCCCCUCCAAAAAUAAGCCACUCAAAAAGGGCCUUUGAAAAAUAUAAGCCCCGGGGCUUAUUUUCGGAAUUUUACGGUAAAAUUAAAACUUUAAACUUCCCUUGCCAGCUGUUGCCGGCAACAGACGACAGUGAGCAGUUCCAAUGCCUUUUCAUACUUUUAUGGCCAUUAAUUACAAAUCUGGAACAUUAUUUUUGGCAAUCAAUUGAUGCAAGAAAAAGUUAAAGAUUUUUAAAAACAGUUCAAAAAGAAUUUCACGUUUAGCGUGACAAUAGCCCCGGCUUUCGUGACAAUAGCCCCUGCUUUUAGAGAAGGCGUGACAAUAGCCCCGGCCUUUAAGAUGUCGCCCGAUUUAAGGGAAUCCGGAUUCCGCAAUCCGGUAAAUUUUUGCUUGAGGGAUCCGGAAUCCUGGAAAAGUUUUGCUCGUGAAAUACUGAAUCCUGGACUUUAGAAUCCCGAAUCCUAAGAUUGGAAUCCAGAAUCCAAGUUCCACAGAAAAGGACUGGAAUCCAGUACCUGGAAUCUGAAAUUCACGGCGAGGAAUCCAGAAUCCAAGACUGUCUUGGAUUCCCUAACAUUGGGCGCAAGAUGACUCCAUAUAUUAUCCGCACGCCGAAAUGUGAUUGAAAUUUAUUGAUUUACUAACCAAAAAAACCCUAUCUAUUUAAUACAAAAUCCCAUCUGUCUUUUGUGAAUACAGGGGAACAUUGUGAGACCAUCAGUGAAUGCAGUGUGCCCUGUGAACAUGGACGAUGUACCCACAAACCUGACGUGUGCGAGUGUGAGACCAAUUGGGGGCCUCCAGGAAACUGUAGUAUCUACGAAGGUCCUUGUCUCAACUGCUCCUCUGAAGGAGGGACCUGCAAGGAUGGUCCUAACACGUGCAAGUGUAAACCAGGUAUGAAUGAUGAUACACAAUGUCCUUUACUCCUAAAUGAGAUUUUAGCGCUAUUUCUAGCACUCACUAUAAUUCUGCCCGUGAAAAAAGCCCACGAGUACAGACGUCUCUCCUGACAGCUCAAGGUAGGUUUCGCGGGAAAGUCCCUUGUGGUCAUGAGGAGCAAGGAGAGACGGCUGUAUUCGUAGGCUAAAAAAAUCAAACACAUCACAUAGCUACUAGUUCUCGGUGAUUUUUUUUCAAGGUAGGAUAUUAUAUCUUACUUGUCUCCCGUCCCUUUCCUCUAAGGAUAUAUGGGUCCACAAUGCUCCGAAAAGACUUGUGAUGGAUGUGUUAAUGGACGGUGUCAUCUGGCCCCUCUCGGCAAGUCAUGUGCCUGUGAUGCUGGCUGGGCCAACCAAGUUCACGUCCCUGGAUUUGAUCCCUUGCACGGACCCUGUACGGUAAUCAGAUACUGUAUGGUGCCGUGUGUUCAUGGUGCAUGUCUACACGAUCCUUACAGAUGCGAGUGUAGUUCAGCUCAGUACGUGGGCACCGAGUGCGACACGAUUAGGUGUCCAAAGUGCUGUCCACCAGAGACGUGUGAUUGCUCUACUCUUGCCAAUAUUCACUGCCGUCCUACUUGGCAUCACGAUUGCUGCCUGUUGAAGUCUUGCUUCAGGGGAGACACCUUGGUUCAUACUGCCAGAGGAAUGGUACCGAUCGAAACCAUCAAGGAAGGCGAUAUGGUAGUGACUCGUCAUGAGGGCGACGAUUCUUCUGUGACUUAUCUGCGUCGUGUUGACCAAGUUCGGAAGCAGUUUGUGCCAAAAAUUGAUCUCGUUGUGUUUCGCACGCACGAGGAGGACAUCUGGGUUACGCGCGAUCAUCCGUUCUUUGAAACUGUAACCGGCAAGUGGAUGAGUGCUGUGAAUGUAACGACCUCGCAUUCUCUCCAAGGUUUGAAUGGUAAAAUGGUGAAACUGAAGAAUCACCUGAAGGCGUCGCAACUUCUCACCUCAGCCGACGAGUCUGGUCUUGUUGCUGUUUACGAUCUAUCUGUAGAUGAGUACGAUCGAUACGCCGUCGGGAAAGAUGGGCUGCUCGUGUCUGCGUGUAACAACUCGGAUGACUUGGAGCACAGGGACAAGCAAGUCUGGGGUGAAGCAGCGCAUCCAAAGUUCGAUAGCAGCUCAGUUGGUGAAACACAGACAUCUGAGGUAACUAAAGUGAGGUUUGAAUUAAAGAGUCAGCCAGAAAGCAAAGAGGCGUUGACAGAGAAAAACAUACAGCACACUAAGUCUUCCAGUCGUAGAGCUAUGGUAAAACAGGCAACGAAUUAAAAACUUGCGACUUGUUUUGCAACAUUAACAGUAACCUUAGCAGCAACAUUAACAGAUCACCCGGACGAUCAAACUCAACCUAGUUUUGAAAUGACUCCUGGGUUUAAACCUUUCACAUUAACAGUAACCAUCCAUACCCCUGGAUCAGCACAAAGUAAUGUGGGUCUAACUUUCAAACUCUUUUAGUCCAUACGAGGUAUCAUUUACACUUUUUGUCUAUGAGGGAGAUAAAAAUGGAAUAUCUCUGAGUGAAUACUGACUCUUGAUUGGAUAAAAUUACACGGGAGUCCGCACUUCGAACACGGAUUUUGCUUAGUCCUGUUGUCCAACAGUAACCAUCCAUACCCCUGGAUCAGUAUAAAGUAAUGUAGGUCUAACUAGUUUUCAAACUCUUUUAGUCCAUUUUAAAUAACUUGGAUGCGAGGUAUGUUUUACCUAUCGAAUAUCUCUGUAACAGGUUUUUUGUAUUGUUUGGUAACCAGGUCGCCAAAGAAGAGCUGAACUUGAACGACGAUCGCUCUGAUACCGGUAAUUCGGGCGAGGUAGGUCCCACCGUGGCUAUAGUGGUCGGAAGUGUACUGGCUGCCAUGUGUUUGGUGGUGGCGUUGUUUCUUAUCAUCAAGUAUCGUGGCCACAAGAAGCGACGUACAGAGCUACAGCCACUGGUGGCCCACUCCUAAGGCUUUUACCGAAAUAGAACGUUGCUGCAAGAAAAUUGUAGAAAAAGACUGAAGAUUGCAGACAUUCUCUGUUGUAGCAGAUUCUCGCUCAGCUAAGUUUAGAAUUAGUGUGCAGAGCAUAACCUCAAUGGCAGUAUCAGAGACAGAAUUGAUCAGUGACAAUGAUAGAAUUGCAUGAAAGUGUACAAACUGUUGUAAAGGAAACGAAGCCUGUUUGGACUUUUUUAGUUUGAAUGUUAGCAUUUUAUUUUCGUAUUUUUCAAAAUGUGACCGCGGAAAAAUUCAGAAAGCACACAGUUGUCUUGGGAGGAGGGCUUUCUUGAUCAUUGUAGCAUGUUUGAAUUCGACAGUAAGGCAUCUGAACUGAUUUAAAACUUGGCAUCUGACCUCCCCCUUUGUCAGAUCAAGGUCAGCUAUGCAUGGGUGACGAUUUAUGUAGUUAUAAUAGGUAUAGUCCGUGGUCGAAAUCUCAUGAUGGCAUUAAUGUCACCGGCAUUCAAGAUCAGAUACAGCCUCUCUGGUAUUCUAAACAUAUACCGUAUUUAUUCGAUUAACCGCCCUGAGCGCUCAUUAAAUUUUUGGACCUUGAGAGUGGGCGCUUAUUCGAGGCUGGGCGCUUAUUAAAUUUUCACCGUUUUCAGCAAGUGAAGUAUGUUUAUUUUGCAACAAAACAAUAAAUGCUA